GCAAAGAGGAAACGACCAGGUGAUAAUAAGCAGGCUGAGAAUUGGGCGUAGCAAUCUGAACAGCACACUUUUAAUUACAGGAAAACACCCUACAGGAAUGUGUGAACAAUGUCAGGAGGCUGUGGGGAUUUUUAAUAAACGUCGGUCGUUCAAGAACUGCCCCAUAGUAGUUCACACGGUCGUUCAGAGAGGAAACUGACUGAGGGAAUACGUUUUUCAGCUUUCCGGGUCGCGUUGGUUGCCGCAAUCAGAAGGAUAAACUUUACUUUUCAAAGGAUCUCUGCAUCAACGAGAGUGUGUUCGCUGCAUUUUUCCCGUCAGAACUCAUCUGUCAACCCCUGCUGGAUUGGGUUUGUGGAUCAAGUCUGCCGGACAGAAGCGGACAACAAGUUCAAGAAAUGCUUAAGAGAGGAGAGAUGUUAUCAACCAAGGUACCGCACCUCAUACCCCAAAGGGAAGAGGACCAGCAGCAGGAGGAUCAACGCUUUGGCCUGAAGAAUAACAAUUUCCCAAACUUUUAUUUUGAUCAUUUUCAUAACCAAAAUUUAAACCCUACUGCAAUUCCAAAGUCGUUUUUGAGCCCAGUUAAAAAUGCCAGUAAUUUACCUUCACUGACAUCAAGAACAGAAAUUAUGUCAUUAAAAGACAAUUUCAUGAAGCUAAUAACUUGUGAUAAAAAGCAACUUUUUAAGCAAAUAAUGACAUUAUUUUCAAAUGUAAACAAUGAAUUGGUUAUUAGACAUGGAGACAUGGAGUUUUGGAACAAAACAAUGACCACAAUAAACAUAAAGGGGGACAAACAAUUUGCAUAUGCUGUUGUUGAAAUGAAAAAUGGUACAUCUAACCUUUUUCGUGCAGUUUGUCCAUAUUAUCGAGACAAGAAGAGCAAAAAUUCUGCUUCUCCUUCCACUGAAGUUACAUCACACAGUGAGGAAAUUUUAAUGAGACAAAUUGAUGAAUUUCUACCAAACAAUGGAACAAAUGUUCAGAGUAUUUUAAUUUAUACUCUCAACAGUCCAUGUUUGAAGAGAAAAAAACAUAUUAAGCCAUGUAUGUUUAAACUUUUAGAGAUGGCUGAUCAGUGGCUCAGUAAAUAUGGAUUUUUUACUUAUGUGGCAUUCACAAAGUUUUGGGGACUAACGGGUCCAAAUUAUUUUGUAGAUCUCGAGUACUCUGACAUCUCAAGUCCCAGCAGCUGUUUUUAUCCCUAUGUAGAAACAUGCAAGAAAAUUCCUUUCAAAUUGAACACUGACUAUUUCAAAAAAAAAUUUUUUUUUGAAAUCUACCAGACAAUCUCUACUGUUAAGGACACACAACAAAGAAAAAAACUAAAUGGGGAUAUUAAAUCAUGUCUCGACAAAUUUAAGAAACUGGCAGAAAAUUCAGUUAAUCUGACAAAAGACCAACAUGUGGCCUGUGCAGUGAAAAUUAUUUCAUCACUUGCAUUUCACCCACUGGUCCAUGACACAAUUAUUGAUAUUCUGACAAAGAACUGGAAUGAAAUUGUUAACUAUAGUUCAAUUUUACCUAUUAUUGAACAAAUUACCACAGAUUUUAACACUGCGGUAGUUCAUCUGUUUCUAAAGGACCUUAACUCAACUUUGGGGAACAGGAGCCCUUUACGGCCUUAUCAGGUCCCCAGAGCGGAGUGAGUAUAUGUUGAAUUGAUCAAAUAUUAAAGGUUAAUCACUAUUAUAUAUAUUAUUACAAAAUAUAUAUAAUGUGUUAAAUAUAUUUUAAAUAUCUACAAAAGUUAGACUUUCACUUUCUGUAGAUAUUUGGAUCACAAUGU